AUGGCUAGCGGAAAACCAACUGUAGGCUACACAUUAUUUAAAUAUCGAUCAGAGUUGGCGAUGAAAAAAGCACGUCCUAUGAGAUUAUACCGAACUAAAAUUGACUUGACCGAAGAGCUCAUAUCCAGAACGUUUAAAAAUGUGAAAGAAUGCAGUAUGGAGGAUCUAAAUGCAAUGAGUCGAGAGAUGUUAUUUAAGCAGAAGUUAUUAAAACAUAUUCGAACAGCAGCUAAAAAUGCAAAGAAGACAGUGAAGGAUGUGAAGAACAAAAUGGAAGAAACAGAAUAG